AACCCCCCUCCCCCGACUGCUGAUUGCUUCCUUUGAGUUCAUUAUUUGUGCUACACUGUGUUCUCCAUUUGAGUCCCACCUCUUCCUCUUAGUCUUUCUCUCUCCUCCGGCAUCUGCUCCAUCCCUGUCUCGCUGGCUUUCCUGCAGCUUCCUUCCUCCUCCUCCUCCUCCUCUUCCUCAUUCUUGCCUUCCCGUCUGUCUGCUGCCACUCUUCCUUCUCUUCCUCCUCCUCCGUCGACCAGGAUGUGGCGUUCGGCGGCUCUGCUCGUCUCGGGAAUCUCGGCGUUGAUCCACGUGUCUUCGGGGGGUCCUCACCAGAGAAAUCUGCUGAAGAGCCUGCUAAAGGACUACAACCGCAUGGAGCGCCCUGUCGGGAAUGACUCGCACCCGCUCACCGUCACCUUCUCGCUCAGUUUGAUCCAGAUCAUGGACGUGGUGGGUGCGGCCGGCCCGGGGGGCAAGGUUGGGGGUAAAAAAGUGAAUUAG